AUGGCUGGCAACAAGCGAGCGCGGGAUGGCAACGUGAUAGCAAACCAUCCAGACACUGAAAAGAUGGAUACCUCGCCUGAUGUAUCUUCUAUCCAGUCUAUCUUUACUGGGUUCCGCAAUGAGCUUGAUGAGCAUCAUGACCGAAGGGAACGCGUUGUGAAAGCAUCCAGAGAUAUCACAGCUUUAAGCAAGAAGAUAGUUCGCACAGUGAAUGCACCAAUCCCUCCCAAAAUUGCAAAGGAAACGGACGACCGUAUAAAACAAAUACAAGAGCUCUUCAAGUCUAUUGAAGCAGAUGUGUCUGGCGCCAACGCGUACAGAUACCAUCAAAUCACAUGGGGAAUCCAAGAGUACAUCGAAGCCAUAUCAUUCCACCGGUACCUCGAGAAGAAACAACUCAUCACCUUGGAAGAGGUUUCACAGACACUACCAGCCGGUAUUAAAGUCACAGAAGCGGACUAUGUGCUUGGACUUUACGAUUUGACUGGUGAAAUGAUGCGAUUCGCUAUCACUACGAUGGCUACUGGCCGAACAGCAAGUAUAAAGGAAGAAGAUAAGACCCAGCAGUCUGAGGGCUCCAUGGGUGGAGAUGCUGUGCUUUCCGACCUACGUCAGCUCCGGGCAAUGUUUGAACAACUCAAUGUCCCUCGUGGAUUGAAUGGAUGGAAGGAAGUAGACAAGAAGACAGAGGUUAUGCAAGCCAGUGUCGAAAAGGUGGAGCGAGCAGUGUAUGGGCUGUUAGUACGAGGAACAGAGCGGCCUUCCGGGUGGGUGCCGGACCUGAGCAGCGCUGCUGCGGUUGAGUCGCACUGA